UACGCAGGACCGGCUAAUCGGAUGGCUAGGCUGGGAUGGGAGGAUGGGGUGAGGGGAGACAGGAGCCUGUUCGGCGCGCGCCUCCCCUCCCCCUUCCUCGCUCGCUCCAAACCAGCCCCCCUCCCCUUCGGACCUUGGUCCUCAUUGGCCUCGUGCGCGCCCGCGCGCUGCCCUCUCUUUCCGUUCUCGUCGCCUCGCGCGCUCCUCCGGGCUCUGCUUCCCCAUCGCUCCCCGGCAGCAUGGCGCGCGCCGCGCCGGGGCGAGGCCUGAGGUGUCUGAAAGGUUGGAAGGGAGCGCGUUCCCUCCGCCACCCACGCGCGCCUCCGCUCCCACCCAUCUCCGCGAGUCGUCUUCCCUCUGAUCGUCCCUGCGCGGGUCUGGAUGCCGAAAAAUGGUGGGGCUCUCCCAAAUCUCGGAGGCCCAGAGCUUCCCUCGGAGUUUGAAGAUUGAUUAACCCUUCCCCCGCCGCCCCGCUUCUGGCUCAAGCUUUGCGCUGGAACGGUUGCCUUUGGCCUGCCUUUGUGCGCGUGCCGUAGUUUACCCCCGGGGCGCAGCCCGGGGUUGUUCAGUGCUUUGUAAUUAGUACACUACUACUUUCGUGCGUACGACAUUCUCGUUACCGGCUUAUUAGUAAUCACUCUUGUUCCCAAAGGACUACAGAAACUAGGACUCAAGAGCGUACCCAUUAGGGUGUGUUUGCUCACAGUUUCUUUAAAGAGCAGCCUGGUGGUUUCUUUUUAAAAAACGAAAAUAAAAACAAUAAAGCCUUUUACGAAAUCUGACGGGAAGAGCUUUUGAUUUUUGAACUUGGGAAACAAAUAAUGACACUUGCUGCCUGACUCAGUCUGGGGUGUGAAAACACUGAAGCGCUCAAUCCAGUGUUACUCGGAUUAAACAUCUCACUUCUAUUUGUUGGCAUAUAAACAACUGGAUGGUUUCUUCCUUGAAUCUAGUUUCUGCAUCAUCCCUUUCCCCAUCUUUCUUUUAUCCUGAGGAUCUUCUUUGAAGUUUACCACAUUCUCAGUCAUAAAGUUCAAAACUAAGUUUAACUUCUAAAUGGAAAUAAUUCUUCCAGAAGCGUUUUGUUAAAUGUUGCAUGCUUAUAAAAACUUGCUCGUUUAUGCUAUUUAAUAUGUUUAGUUUUUUCAUAGGUCAUAGUUGUUAUAUCUUCAAGGGAUGCCCCAGUUCAUCCAAAAGUUGUUCAUUUCCAUAUAUAUUUUUGACUGGUACUAUUUAUUUAAAGGGGAACUGUUAACAUAGUCAACUCUUGGAUUACUAUAGGGAUUUCUUUUAUCGAUUCAGUAUUCUUCUGAGGUAGUUGUAUGGUUUUGAUAAAGAAUCUGUAUAAGACUGAGGUCACCUCCAAAUUUUAAACUGCUGCCUUUAUUUUAAACUGCUUCCUUAUGUGAGAGGAAGUCAGGAUUUUUAUUUCACUAAGAAACAGUUUUAGAACUUUGUGGGAAGAGUCAUCUUUGGACAGAAAUUUGGGAAUCAUGACCUACAUUUACCACCAAGAAAAGAUUUGAAUAUUUGAGACUUCCUUUUUCAAAAAAUCAUCAAUCACCUCUACAUCAUUGACCUGCAGGUGGCAGUGCAUUUCUAAGACCCAGUGGGCAGUGGGGAAAAUUUUGCAAUGCAAUGUUCCAUACAGCUGGUUGGUGGAAGAGCUAGCCAGAACACAGGUUUCCUGACUCCCAGGCUUGAGCUCUGUUGACUCCUUCUGAACCUCUGUGUGUCUGCCUAUAAAACAGCAGUUCUCAUCCCUGCCCCCUGGCCCUACCUCUCAACAAUGGUGAUGCACCCUGUAGGUGCUCUGUGCACAAACGGCCUACUGGUGCAGAAGAUCCUAGGAAGCCCCAGGAGCCACUCAGGAAAGGAAAGUUGCUUUCCGAAUAUAAGGUAGGGAUAGAUAUUAAUAAGGCAGCGGAAAGAAGAAAUAUGAAUACGGCUCCAGCAAGACCCAGCCCAGCACGAAGGGAUCCAUAUGGUUUUGGAGAUGGUCGGGAUGCAAGACGGGAUCGGUCCCCAGUUCGAGGCAGCCCAAGGAGAGAACCCAGGGAUGGCAGGAAUGGCCGAGAUGCCCGAGACUCCAGAGACAUGCGGGACCCCAGGGAUGCCAGAGACAUGCGGGACCCCAGGGAUUCUAGAGACAUGCGGGACCCCAGGGAUUCUAGAGACAUGCGGGACCCCAGGGAUUCUAGAGACAUGCGGGAUCCCAGGGAUAUGAGGGAUCCCAGAGAUGCCAGAGACAUGCGGGAUCCUCGGGAUAUAAGAGAUCUCAGGGACCUUGGAGAUCCUCGAGAGCUGAGAGAUCCCAGGGAUAUGAGAGAUCUACGUAAUAUUCGGGAUGUCCCACGAGACCCUAUGUAUGACAGAUACCAAGAAGUGAGGGAUUCACGGGAUCCUGUCUAUAAUAGGAGAGAAGAAUCAUAUGACCGUUAUUUGCGCAUGGAAGAGUAUUACAGAAGGAAGGAUGACACUUAUUUUGAUCGUUACAGAGAACAUUUUGAUGGACGAGCUCCCCCAGGCCCAGAAAAUCAGUCUCGUGCUAAAGAACGUCUGAAGCGUGAGGAGCGGCGUAGAGAAGAGCUGUAUCGUCAGUAUUUUGAGGAAAUCCAAAGGCGCUUCGAUGCUGAAAGGCCUGUAGAUUGCUCUGUGAUCGUGGUCAACAAGCAGACAAAAGACUAUGCUGAGUCCGUGGGGAGGAAAGUUCGAGACUUGGGCAUGGUGGUAGACCUAAUUUUCCUAAACACAGAGAUGUCACUGACACAGGCCCUGGAGGAUGUUGGAAGAGGUGGAUCUCCCUUUGCCAUUGUCAUCACCCAGCAGCACCAAGUUCAUCGCUCCUGUACAGUUAAUAUCAUGUUUGGGACUCCACAAGAGCAUCGUAACAUGCCCCAAGCAGAUGCCAUGGUGCUGGUAGCAAGGAACUAUGAACGCUACAAGACUGAAUCUCGGGAGAAGGAACGAGAGGAAAUCGCCAGGCAGGCAGCCAAGAUGGCAGAUGAGGCCAUUAUGCAGGAAAGGGAACGAGCAGCAGCAACCCCUGUGGAGGAGGGGGUACGAGGGGGCCACCCACCUGCCAUCCAGAGCCUCCUCAAUUUACUGGCUGAUAACAGGUACCUCACUGCCGAAGAAACAGACAAGAUCAUUAACUAUUUACGUGAGCGGAAGGAACGACUUAUAAGGAGCAGCGGGGACCUUCUGCCAGGUGAGCUGUGCAGCAGGGCCAAGGUGAAGUUCUGACUCUACAUUGCUAAUCUCCCAACUCAGAUGGGAAGGGUGGCACUGACCCAUAUUCUGGGGGGAUGGGUCAUCCUGUAUAGUUAAGCGAAACAAAGCACAUUGGCUAUGUCUGAAAAUGUAUUCCUCAUUUCACACCUCUAGUCCACUAUCUCUGCCAAGAGGUGGAGACAGGCUUCACCAUUGUUCUUCUGAAGUCAUGAUUGAUCACUGCAUUGAUCAGAGUUCUGAAGUCUUUCAAGGUUGCUUUCAUUUACAUUAUUGUGGUUGUAGUGUAAAUGGUUCUCCUGCCAAACCCACUCUCCUUACUCAUCUACAUAUAUUCCUGAUGGAAAAGAGAGGUUUGCUUGGUAUAUAACCAUCAAUUCCAAUCCUUCGUUUAAUGUUUUUGAAGAGACAAUGUGGUAUAGUGGAAAGAGUACUGGAUUUGGAAUCCCAUUUCUAUUAUUUAUUCCCAUUGUGACCUCAUACAAGUCACUUAAUUUCUCUGGACCUCAGUUUUCUUCAUUUGUAAAAUGAGCAGGUUGAACUUAGAUGAUCUCUAAGGUCCCUGCCAACUCUGAAUCCUAUAAUCCUGUGAUAGAGGAUGGGGCUAAGGCUGUCAACUUCUUGGGCCCACUUCAGUAAUUUUUUGUGGGAACUGGGGUGCUUUCUAAACAUGACAAAGUGGGCUAAUCCUUUGGGGAAACUUGAACCAUAACAUUUGUAGAUGAAUAAUAAAAGUGUUAUGUGUACCCCACACUCCCCUCCCUUUGCCUCUCGGCACCCCGCCCUUGCCUAGGUCUUGAGCUAGAGCCCUUUGUUUUCUGUCUUUUCAGCUACUAUUUCCCGACAACCCCUUGGGGCAACUUCGGGCACUUCACUGAAAUCCCAGUCCAGCCUGCCUAGCCCCCAGCCUCUCCAGAGCAGUCAGGCACUCCCUCCGGCUACACCAGCUCCAGCAUCAGCCCCCACCCCACAGCAGGAGCUUCAGGCCAAAAUCCUCAGCCUCUUUAAUAGUGGUGCCGCCACUGCUGCUGCAGCUGUUGUGGCCAACAGCAGUCCUACCCCUGCCACAGCUCCCCCUGCAGGCACACAGAACCAGAAUUUUGCCACCAUGGCUAACAACCAGUCUCAACAAAGAUCACAGGCCUCAGGCAACCAGCCUCCAAGUAUCUUGGGACAGGGAGGCUCUGCCUGCAACGUAGGCCCCAGGCCCGGGGCGCCAUCUCAAGGGCUCUUCGGCCAGUCCUCCAAUCGCCUGGCACCUGCAAGCAAUGUUGCUGGCCAAAGGCCAGUGUCCUCCACAUAUAUCAACUUUGAUAAUCCAAGUGUACAGAAAGCCCUGGACACCCUGAUCCAGAGUGGCCCUGCCCUUUCUCACCUGGUGAGUCAAACCACAGCACAGGUGGGACGAUCCCAAGCCCCUCUGGGAUCCUACCAGAGGCAUUACUGAUGCCAAUCUAUCAAUCCCACUCUCUCUUCAUCCCCACUCCUCCCUUCUCCUCCCAUUUACCACAUUCUUAGAGUUUUUCCAAGGGUGUUCCAGCCACCUGACCACAUCCAUAUUGAAUGUCAUGAGCCCAUAUCGCCACCUUUCCUUCCCACACCCAGCUUUGUUACUGAUCUCCCUCCAAGGGCAGAGUUUGAUAGGCUUCAAGGUUUAUAAAGCUUAUGUUAGGGUGUCUGCAUUCCUUGGUCUCAGGUGAUGAAGAAGUUGAGGCCUGGGUUUGUCCCUUCCUUAAGGCAGCUGAAAUAUGUUUCUGCUCCACUUAGUUUGGAAUGAUAUUUGUUUAUCAUGGUCCAGAGCCAUUGCCUCUUCUCAUUCAGUCACCAGCCUCUUUAGGAGGAUGCAGCAUUGAAAGGAAAGCUUGCCAAUUUAACAUAGCACAAACUGAUAUUCUUCAAAACCUACUCAAGAGGGAAUCAAAAAAACAACUGGCAAACUGGGAUUAAGUAGAUAACUGUCACUGAAGUCGCCUCCUUCCAGAAAAGAAGGCAAAAACUAGGAGAGAGGCCAAUUUGGGGUUUAAUAAAAUCUUCCCUCCUCCCCGACACAGGGUUUGGGGAAGGCAUUGGCUACAGUGUAACCAUGAAAGCUUAUUAUUAGCAAGGCCAUUUCAACUCUUCAGGGUUUUUGCAUUUAAUUUAGCCAUUCUUACAGACCAAAUAGCUCCACUCACUAACAGUUUAGCCCAGAUUGGAUGCCCAUCUCCUGGUCCCCCUCCUGUGACUGGCCUAGAAGCUCUCCCAGGUGGAGGAUGGGGAAGGAGCCUAUGUUAUAUAACUUAGGCUAAUUCAACUCUAGAACUGGCCCUAGAAUUCCAUUUUCUCAAGAUUUUUUUUUAAGCCAAUUAGCUUGGAGAAACAGAAUGUUCAUCUCAACCCACUUGUUUGGUUUUUUGAGGAGAGGAGUUGUGAGCAAGGGAUAAUUUGAGGGCAGAUGUUCUAGCAGCUGCAGUACAUCUUGGUGUGGACACCCAACCUUCAGUUCCCAAGUUUUGAGCCUGAAUGAAAUUGUUGGUAGGAGAGCAUCUGGCUUCUGCUCUCUGUUGGCACCAAAGGAAACUGCUCUUUCCUUGGGGACAUGCUCAUUCCAUCCCUCUGAGCCAAAGCUUCUAGGGUUUGGGAGGGCCAGAGGGUUGAGACCUCUAGUUGUGCCAGUGCCUGCAGCUGUUUGAACAUGGUUUAGAAAACUCAAAGUCCCUUAGGUGGCAGCUUUUUAUGUUCCAACUUGUUUCUGUUAUAUAGUGUUUUUUUUUUCUCUUUGAAACUCUUGUGUUGUUAAUAAAAUAAGAACAUUACUUUUUAAUUAAAGAAGAAAAAUGUGAAAA